AUGGCCGAGGCGCCUCACCCCGUGGAGACCGACCCUGAUUUCCAGCCGCUGGCCCGCCCGAGGUCCUGCACUUGGCCUCUACCCCGUCCGGAGCUCGCCCCGUCCAGUCCGGGACAGACGCCCACCGCAACUCCGGCGAGGGCCGCGUCCCCGUCCCGCUGCGGGCGGGUUACGGCCCUCGGCGCCUCCUCUGCCGGCGCUGACCUGCUGAGCUUGCUGGAAGCGGGCGGAGGCGACGGCUUCGAGGCGGGCGCGGGCAGCUCCGGAGCGGCAGACCUCGGCGUUUCGGGCGGCUGCCUUUGCGGGGAGUUCCCGUGCCUCCAGCACCCCCAGCCGCCGCAGCAUGCCGGGCCCGCCGCCUUGGCCUCGGUGACGGGCCCUCGCAAGAGCAGCUCUUCCCGCCGCAACGCUUGGGGCAACUUGUCCUACGCGGACCUCAUCACGAAGGCGAUCGAAAGCGCCCCGGAGAAGCGGCUCACUCUCUCCCAGAUCUACGAGUGGAUGGUCAAGAACGUGCCGUACUUCAAGGACAAGGGGGACAGCAACAGCUCCGCCGGGUGGAAGAACUCAAUCCGUCACAACCUCUCUUUGCACAGCAAGUUCAUUAGAGUACAGAAUGAAGGGACGGGAAAAAGCUCUUGGUGGAUGCUUAAUCCAGAAGGAGGCAAAAGUGGCAAAUCUCCCAGGAGAAGGGCUGCCUCCAUGGACAACAGCAGCAAGUUUGCAAAAAGUAGAGGGAGAGCUGCAAAGAAAAAAUCAGCUCUUCAGGCAGCUCAAGACGGAAAUGGCGACAGUCCAGGAGCACAGUUCUCGAAAUGGCCUGCAAGCCCCAGCAAUCAUAGCAACGAUGACUUUGAUAAUAACUGGAGUACUUUUAGACCUCGAGCCAGUUCGAAUGCUAGCACCAUUAGUGGAAGACUUUCCCCAAUUCUGCCAGAACAAGAUGACCUUGGGGAAGGGGAUGUGCAUUCCAUGGUCUAUCCUUCAUCAACAACCAAAAUGGCCUCAACUCUGCCGAGCCUUUCUGAAAUGAGUAGUUCCGAAAAUAUGGAAAACCUACUAGAUAAUCUCAAUCUUUUGUCUCCAAAUACAUCAUUGACUGGGCCUGCCCAAUCGCCACCUACUACCAUGAUGCAACAAUCUACUGGUUAUUCAUAUACAUCAUCCAAUACAAAUAUAGCUUCAACCAAUGCAGACUACAGGAAAUACACUUAUGCUCAGCCUAGCAUAAAUUCUUUGUCACAGAUCCCUAUGCCGACAAUUCAGGACAAUAAAUCGAGCUAUGGGACCAUUAAUCAAUAUAACUGCCCAGGACUUCUUAAGGAGUUGCUUACUUCUGAUUCACCGCCACAUAAUGAGGUCUUAGCCUCGGCAGAUACUCAUGUUUCCCAGCCUAGUAGCCGAGUGCUGGGACAAAAUAUAUUAAUGGUCUCUAACUCUGCAAUAUCACCCUAUGGCAACCAGCAGUCCCAUAACAAAAUCAUUGCCCCCAGUGCUCACUCUCACCAAGGACACAUCCAACCCACGGCAGUAAUAAACAGCCAUACUUUGUCUCUCACCCUUAGUACUGUGUCUCACGCUUCAAGUGUGAAUCAUUCAACCUCAGCAAAAAACUCAGUCCAGGGAGUCGUGAGCCACCCGAUGCAAGUGAAUAGCAUUAGCCCCUUCACCACUGUGAACAGCUGUAAUGGGUAUGGAAGAGUGGGAAUUGUUUCUUUCCAUCAAGAGAAGCUGCCUAGUGACUUAGAUGAUAUGUUCAUCGAGCGAUUGGACUGCGAUAUGGAAUCAAUAAUUCGUAAUGAUCUGAUGGAUGGGGAAACACUAGAUUUUAACUUUGACAGUGUGUUACCUAACCAAAGUUUGCCGCACGGUGUUAAAACAACAACACACAGCUGGGUGUCAGGAUAAGACUGGAAGGCUACAGUUUAAAGUGCUUCAGACAUCUCUGACUACAAGAAGUGCAUAUGCAUAAAGAAGUCCAAAGAUGUUCUUCAGCUUU